UAUCAGUUCAUCAGUGAUAGAAUCUUUGAUUUUUCCACGCAAAUUUCGUGGUAUAUAGCAAUUCAAAGCCGAGUGUCUUUUCUGUAAUCUGCUGUGUUCACAUCAUUCAAAUGAAAUGAGAAUUCAAAUGGUUGAUUCUAUCUGGUUCCUGGGCAAAGCAUAAAGUCUGCAAUUCUGUGUGAGGGUUAUUUUUGUGCAAGCAAUCAACAUGACUUCAUCCUCAGGUCAUGACCAUUCAGAUAAUAGUGAGAAGGAACAACAUCAAAACAACUCAGAGCAUGAAGUUCAGUCUUCAUCAGAUUUGAUUCCUCACCCUGGAGUCAUUGUACCGUUGGCUUAUGCAAUGCCUCCACAUGAUGGAAAUGGAAAUCCUAUGGCACAGAUGAUGUAUCCAUAUCCAGAUCCUUAUUACAGACCCAUAUUUGCUCCUUACGAUACACAGCCUUAUGCUGCACAACCUUACCCAGUUCAGCCAAUGCCAGCUUCCUUGUUUGGAUAUGGUCUGUUGUCAUCCCGGGCCGAGGCCGAGCGCAUGCUAUGUCUUCGGAAAUACCUUGGUGGAAGGCCAGCAGAGGGUGGUCCGAGGACGGCCGACCCUGCCGAGGCCGAGCAUGUGCUGUUGCCGAGAGCCCCUUGCUGUGAUAAAGCAAGUGUGAAGAAAGGGCCAUGGUCACCUGAAGAAGACGCCAAGCUGAAGGACUUCAUUCACAAAUACGGCACUGGUGGCAAUUGGAUUGCUCUCCCUCACAAAGCUGGGUUAAAGAGAUGUGGGAAAAGCUGCAGGUUGAGAUGGUUAAAUUACCUUAGGCCAAACAUAAAGCAUGGUGAGUUCUCUGAUGAAGAAGAUAGAAUCAUUUGCACCUUAUUCGCCUCCAUUGGAAGCAGGUGGUCAAUAAUAGCAGCACAAUUACCAGGGAGGACAGACAAUGAUAUCAAGAACCACUGGAACACAAAGCUCAAGAAGAAGCUCAUCAACCUUAUGAUCACUAAUAAUCACAAUAAUUACAAUAACCAGCAGAGCAGAUCAUCAAUUACAACUACAACAACCAAAUCUUCAUCAUCAUCAUCUUCUUCUUCCUCACUGCUCUUUCCUCCUCCUGAUCUUCAACAUGAUGAACAUCUCCCAUUUCAUUGCAAUCCUGCCCCAGACACUUCCUUUUCUGCCCUUGCAGAUCAAUACCAUCACCAGCCCUAUUCUUGCACUACCAGCCUCUUUCAAAACCAAGACCAUCUUCAGCAGGGUUUCUUGAAUCUCACUCACUUUGGGGUCACUAACAAUGUGGUCACAUAUGUGGGAAACAAUGAGCCCAAGUAUGAACCCAAGCAAGAAAAAGAAGAAGAGGGUGAUUAUGAUUUUCUUCUUCUUCAUCAGCAGCAGCAGCAGCUGGUGAUGAUGAACACUUGUUUCCAUGCCACAUAUGGGGGGCAUUUUGGGAAUUUUGACAACAGAUUUGAUGAAGGUGAGAUUUUGCAGGAACACAAGUUGUUUCUUGACUACUGUGCAGGAGCUGGUAGUGUUAUAAGUGAUGACCAGCAGCAGCUUCAAGGAAAUGAAGGGUAUUUUGGGAACAAUGCUUGCAUGAACAUUAACAAUGAUCAUCUAGAAACUGUUAAGAAGGAGAUGAUGAUGAUGAGGUACUACUAACAUUGCUGAGUGUACUACUCCUACUACUACUACUACCCUGUCAUCAUCAUCAUCAGGCUAGCCAAGUAGAAAAAUGAUGAAGAUUUGAAAGGGCAUGGCAUGGCAUGGAUGAUGAUGAGUACUUUGCUUGAUUAAAUUUCAUAUCAGUGU